CCAACGUAGAUGCUUCCGACACUGACAUGCUGUCAACUACCAUUGGUGGACUUAACCGCCAUUCUAACCAGAUAUUUCUACACGAUACCUAUAUAUACCCGAUUUUCAUCACUCUCACCGACCAUUUACAUUUUCACUCUCUAUUCAACUUCAAUGAAUCCUCCAUCUUCUUCUUCUUCUCCCACAGGAUCCGACCCGGUUUCAUUUGGGUGGUCUCCGAUUCUGGUUUCGAGCCACCACCCGCUUCCGGUUUCGACAGCUACUGCAGGAGAAGCGAUUGUGACGAUUUCAGAAAGGGAUCCGAUCCCCCAACCGCUGGAAUGUUUACAAGAAACACCAAUUCCACCAUUUUUAUCAAAAACAUUCGAUCUAGUGGACGACCCGACACUAGACCUGGUUAUCUCAUGGGGCAGGAGUGGGAACAGCUUCGUCGUGUGGGACCCAAUCGAGUUCGCCAGGAUAAUCUUGCCCAGACACUUCAAACACAACAACUUCUCGAGCUUUGUUCGACAACUUAACACCUAUGGAUUUCACAAGAUCGAUCCAGACAAAUGGGAGUUCGCGAAUAGAAGCUUUUUAAGAGGACAAAGAUCCCUUUUGAGGAACAUUCAAAGGCGUAAAUCGAAUCCCACAACGUCUACAAGCGGCUCUUCAACUAACGAAGAAUCUAACAUGUUAGUCGAAGCCGAGAUAGAAAGAUUACACAAAGAGAAAGCCGAAAUGAUGCAACAAAUCAUCGAGUUAAAAACUGGAAACCGCGAAACACAUCAACAUAUGGAACUAGUAAACGAAAAACUCGAAGCAGCCGAGCAUAAACAGAAACAAAUGGUCUCAUUUUUAGCUAAAGUGUUUCAAAACCCGACAUUCGUGUCUUCCAUACGAGGAAACACCGAUGAACCACGUCAAAUAUCGGCUCCAAGAACCGCUCGAAAGUUUGUUAAGCAUCAACACAUUGGUGGGUCAUCAAGAAAUAUCGAAUUCGGUUCACAACCGGAAGAUUUUGAUCCGAAAGGGAAAAACGCGGUGGAGGUUGAACCCGAGGGGGCACCCGAGUACUUCUUGGACCCGAUUUCGGGUGGGAUUGAUGACAUUGUUGUGAAAGAAGAGGGUAUUUGGAGUGAUAUUGGAAACUAUGAGUUGCCGGAGUUGCCACCCGAGUUGCCGGAAAUCGGUGCCGGAGGUGGUGAGUUGACGGAUUUGUGGAAUUUGGGAACUUCUAGUGGUGAGAAUUGGGAGGAUUGUGGUAUUCGUUUUGAUGAUAUUGAAAGGGGUGAUCAAGAUAGUAGUAAGAAAAUGGAUCCUUAGGGGAUUUGAUUAUUUGAAUUUUUAUUUUUGGUAUAUUGAAUGAAUGGUAAUAUUUUUUGUUGUUUGUA